UCAGGUGUCAUGUUAAUGUUAAUGAUAUGACAUGAACAAUAUUAGUUAUUCUAAUUCUAAAUAUGGAUAAAUGUACAUUUUGCAAAUGCUUUUCACAAACGCCAAUUAAUACAUCCUCACAGAAAAUCCCCGAAGAAGUAGACAUCAAAUCUUCACAAAAUUGGCCAAAAGGGGUAACGUUUCAAGUACAAAGCAACCAAACGUUCAGAAAAAUCGACAGAAAUACUCUAGAAUCUGGUGAAUGGUUCAUAAAUACUGCCCAUGAGUAUCCAACAACAUCUGAUAUAAAGUUCACAGGAGCGCCAAUUACUACAGCCUCACAGAAAACUAUAGAAGAAGAAUACAACAAACAUCUUAUAUUGUCUUACCAAAAUUAUAAUAAAUCUUCACAAAAUUGGAAAAAAUAUGGAAAGUUCCAAUUAGAAAACAACAAAACGUUCUCAAAAGCCGACAGAUAUGAUCCAGAAUCUGGUGAAUUACUCAUGAACACUGCUCAUGAAUAUCGAACAGAAACUGAGAUAAAUUUCACAGAAACACCAACUUCAAACAACAUUCUCGACGAAGAAAACAACAAACUUGAUACACUAACGGACCAAGAAUGUAAUAGCCUUCCACAAAAUGGGGAAAAAUGGGAGAAGAUCCGAGCAGAAACUAACAAGAUGUUAGCCGAAAGACUAAAUCGAGAACCUGGUGACUUACUCAUGAAUGUUGCUGAAGAUUAUCGAACAGUACAUCAAGAACAGAUCUUCUUUGAAAAUAUGCAUAUCAACGUAAACUUUGACAAAUAUAGAGGAAAUCCCGCAUUCUUUAAUUUACCGCCAAGUUUGAAAGAGCAUUGCAAAUUGCAGUGCCGGAAUAGAUGUUUGUGUGAAAAUCCGAUUUACUUUUAUGUGCCUACCAGCGCACAAAAAAAUGAAAUUCCGAAAAUGAAAUUAAUACCAACUUCAGAACCUGCACCAGAUGACAAAAAUAUAUUGCCCAAAACCAGAAAUAUAUUUACACUUUGGAAAAAGAACUCAUACAGAAAAAUGGUACUGGAAAAUAUUUCAAUAAAAUUGAAAAACCUGAGACCUCAUCGCUCAGAUUUAAUGUUAUUUACAGAAGAAGAGAAACAACUAAGUGUGGACGAAUUAGAAAUUAGUAAAAAGAAUGGAGAAAGGCAUUUGAAGGAUUCAUUUGAGGCUUCAACUUUAGAAAAAUUAGAAGAUUUUGAGACAAAUAAAUUAGAAGAUUUAUUGUAUGAUCCUAACAAUGAGGUAGUAAACUUGGUAAUAAAUGGCACUAGAAUUACAGAACAUGUCAUAAAACAAGGUACAAUGAAGAUAAGAGUUAUAUGUGAUUCAGGAAAAAUACCUAAAGUACCCAUAAUCAAUUACUUGAAGUUUGCAAAUAAAGGAAAAUUCACCCUCAGAAUAUAUUUUUCAAUAUACGAAAAAUACAGAACAUUUCGAGAUAUAACACCGGUAGUCCCGAAAGCGUCGUCUCCCUUUUAUUUCGAUAGAAGAGAACUUCUUUUAUUGCCUGGCGAAUCUCUAGAUUUUCCGAUAUGGUUUAAACCUAUUCAGACGGGAAAUUUUAACGAAACUUGGCAGAUAACCACGUCGCCUCAAUUUUUUGAUGAAUCCUUUCUGUUACUUAUUGUUCUUCAAGGUAAUGUUUAUCAAGAGAAUUUUCAUGAAAAAAUAAAUGAAAUUGAAAACACCUUGACAACACGAGUACGAAGCACAUUAAUAGGCGAUAUUCUCAAAGAUAUUCUCAAUUCAACAAAGUAUAAAAAAUCUCCAGUUCAAAAAUAUACAUACUCCGAAAAACACUACUUCGAAGCGACCAACCAAGAAACUUGGGGUUUUAUCAAACGACCUAAGUAUGUUUACAAUAAAGAGUUGGUUACAGAAUUAAAAAAUUUUUAUAAGAAAGUUAAGUCACCAGAAGAUUAUGCCCAAUGGAACUAUUCAAUCGAAACACUACUAGAACUUGCUAAAACUCGGGACCUGCUUAAUUAUAUAGAGGAUAUUUAUAUGAGGUGUAAGGAAGGCCGUGAACGAGCCUACAUCUUAAGAGAACUAUAUGCAAUUCCAAAUGUUAACAUUACCGAGGCACAAAAAGUACAUGACACAAUCAGAGGGGAGCCUGACGUAUCGCCAAGAGAAACAUAUGCAAAAAGCAAAACGAACCACGAACAACUUCACGAAAUACUUCAAAAGCUUGACAGAAGCGUCAUGAUAAACAAUAUGGAGCGAGAAAAAUACGCCACGGCGUAUUAUAUUUUAAGAUACUACCUACACAGAGCGCACAAACAACUGAAUGGAAGAGAUAUCUCUGUUCCUAUUCCAUUCCUGGAAAAUACAAAAAUUCCCGAAAGGAGUGAAGAUGUCCCUGAAAGGUUGCUUUUUGAAAAAUUUGAGAAUAUUUGGAUACAACGAAACAGGCGAGUCCCUCCUGUAGUCACAGAAUUUAUACCCAAACCGAAGCCACAACAUUUAGAAAAUAUACCGUUAGAUCAUCCGCUUGAGUUAUAUAAUGCAUAUUUUAAAAAACAAAAAAACAACAAAAAGGGGCAAAAUAGUGCGAAAACGAAGAAGACGCUGCCAGUGACAAAGAAUAAGAAUAAUAAACACAAAGGAAAACGUUCGGACAGACACACUGAUACAAAAGUUAUCGAAGAUUUUGACCCAUUCGGUAACAUUGAAGUAGAAAUGCAAAAAAACACUUCAUCAGUAACAGCAGCAUACAAACAGAAGCCAUCAUUCUCAGUAAAAUCGCCAUCUCUAAGAUCUUAUGUCGAUGAAACGGAAACGAAGAAGAAUUACCAUGAGAAAUAUUUAAUUGUUUACAGUAAUUUGUGUGCUGGCAUUGACGCAAUGGUGGCUGCAUUGGAAACAAUAAACGAAAGAAGAAUACCUGCAGAAAUUUUAAGCGAAUUAACAGAAUGCAAAAUUAUAGAGUCUAAGAGAAAGUUUACCAACUUAUCAAUAUCGAUAGGAACAGUUUCCACAGGCGCAACAUCUGACAAGUUAAAACUCAGUGUCAGUGACGACAUUCGUCCCGAAGCUGAUGAUUACUGGACUUAUUUGGCUAAUACCUAUUUCCAUCAGAAUGAAAAAACUCAGAAAUACUUUAUUAAAGGGGAGACUCUUCCAGAACCAAUAACGGAAACGCCUCCCCUACCACCAUUGAAACCUAAAGAGUCGUUUCACCUCUUCACUCCGCCAGAAGAAGAUUCUGUGGAUUCCGCUGAUUUCAAAUCAGAAGCAAUGCAAACCAGUGAUAUUAGCAGCGACAAAUAUAAAGCAUUUUCGGAUGAUUUGUUAAAAUUAGAAUCAUUACACGAUCACUUACCAGAAGAGUCUGGCGAAGACGAUAAUACAAAAAGAGAAAAGUCAUCGGAUAUUUUUUAUUAUGUUGAUUAUGAUUUAUAAUGUUAAUUUUUGUUAUUAUUUUUAAAUAAAACUUUAUUCAUCCAGUUAA